CUUGAACGUCUUUUCAUCCCACGAGCAGUUGGUUUUCACUGGCAGGAAGACAGGCUGAUAUUUGUAAACUCUCUCUAUUCUAACGAAUCAAAGCCUAAAUUUGCUCAUCCAUACUAUGUGCUCUCACCUCACGCCAACUUAACUAUCGCGUCUUUUAAAUGGUGGCUAUGCACCUUCAAAUCCUGGCUCUACAGAGGCCUACAAAAAUUAUCCGCAGUGUACCGAGUUUCUACAGCUAAACUCUGUCCUCUGGGAGAAUACUGA